GGCAAGGGUUUUCCAUUUGAAGAGGUGAUGCGUGCAAACAUUGGUGACUGUCAUGCCACUGGACAGAAACCCCUGACCUUCCUGAGACAGGUAAUUGCCUUGUGUACCUACCCAGCUCUUUUGGUAACGACAGAUCUCUUUCCUGCAGAUGCCAAGGAGCGUGCUCGUAGAAUUCUCAAUGACUGCAAGGGACACAGUAUAGGUUCAUAUAGUGAUAGUGCUGGUGUAGAAGUUAUCAGAAAAGAUGUAGCAACUUACAUUAGUAACAGAGACGGCAUCCCAUGUGACUACAAUGAUGUCUUUCUGUCAACAGGAGCUAGUGAUGCAAUAAAGAUUAUCAUGAAACUGCUGCUGACAGGUAAAGAUGGAGAUGAGCGUGCUGGAGUCAUGAUUCCCAUUCCACAAUAUCCACUGUAUUCUGCUACCACAGCUGAAUACAAUGCAUAUCAGAUUGAUUAUUACCUGGAUGAAGACAACAAAUGGGCUUUAGAUGUCAAUGAGUUGAAGAGAGCAUUAAAUGCUGCCAGACAGCACUGUAUACCUAGAGCUAUAUGUGUGAUCAACCCAGGAAACCCUACAGGUCAAGUGUUAACAAAACAGAACAUCAUGGACAUCAUCAAGUUUGCUCAUGAAGAAAAACUUUUUAUCAUGGCAGAUGAGGUAUACCAAGAUAAUGUCUAUGGCAGUGACUCAGAAUUCCACUCCUUUAAGAAGGUUCUUCAUGAGAUGGGGCCCAAGUAUGCUGACCAGGAGCUGGCCUCCUUUAUGUCUACUUCUAAAGGAUACAUGGGAGAGUGUGGCUACAGAGGUGGUUACUGUGAGGUCAUCAACCUGGACAAAGAUGUCAAGUACCAGUUACUGAAGUCUAUAUCAGCCAAGCUCUGCCCCAGUGUCUCAGGACAGGUGGCCAUGGACGUCGUGGUGAACCCUCCUCAGAAAGGGGAGCCCUCAUAUGACACCUUUAUGAAGGAGAAAUCAUUUGUCCUGGACACACUGAAGAAGAAAGCAGCCUUGGUCACAGACCUUUUCAACUCCAUAGAAGGUAUAUCAUGUAACCCAGUACAAGGAGCCAUGUAUGCCUUCCCCAGGAUACUACUUCCAGAAAAAGCCUGCAUAGAGGCAAAGAAGAGAGGCCAGACCCCAGACUCAUUCUAUUGCUUCCAGCUCCUGGAGGAGACAGGGAUCUGUGUGGUACCAGGAAGUGGGUUUGGACAGAAAGAGGGGACACAUCACUUCAGGAUGACUAUUUUACCUCCUCUAGAGAAGGUGGAAGCUGUUCUUGGUAAAUUUAAAGAGUUUCAUCUGCGGUUUUUAGAAAAGUACAAGUAGGAUUUUUCUAUUAAGAGCUGCACUCUACCUUAAAGUUAGUAUGAAGAAGUUAUUUCAACUAUUAUUUAUAUUAUAAGAAAAUACAAGCUUGCAUGUGAAAUUAAUGAAGACAGGUAUUUAAAAAUGUAUUUUGAAAAUUAUAGCAGUUAAACAAUUCCAUAUAACACAAAGAAAAGGCUUCCACUUUUGAACUGGAAGACUUGAGUGCUAUAGUAUAUGUAAAGUAAAGACAAGUAAAUAUAUAUGAUUAUAUUGAAAUAUGUUUCAGUAAGGUUGUCACUUAGUUAUGGUGAUUAACAAUGAGAUUUUGUGUAGAUUAGCAUGUGGGGAGAAUUUUAAAAUAAGCAGCAAUAAUAGGGAGUGCCUCUUAUUUUUUCACAACAACAGUGAAAUAUGUUAUUGUGGGAAUUUAUAUGAGGAUUAAAAAAAGCUUUUCAGUAAGUAUGUAAUAGGAAGCAAGUCAUUGCAAAGAAAUUGUUUAGUUUAAGUAUAGUAGUUUGUAUCAUAAUGAUAUUGAAACCUGACUGUAAGUAUAUAUAUAUAUAUAUAUAUAUAUGUAUCACAAAAUAAGCCUUUUCUUGUCUAUAUAAAUUGCAAGAUAUAAUUUGAGGUCAGUUUCAUUUAUCAGGUGCCAUUUCUUUACACAUGUAAUUAGUUUGUUUUUUGGUAGCAUUUUUUAAUAUUUUUUUAUAAUAGUCUAAAGUCUCUCUCAGAAAUUUUGAAUUUUGUUUGACUAUUGUCUUUAGGGUGUUAUUUAAAGGGAACACUUUUUUCUCUGAAAAAUAAAAUCCUAUUUAAUUUUUACAUACCUUGUGACACCGUCCCUAGGCCAUGUUACAUCCUUAAAAUAGAAUAAAUCAAAUUACUAUUUCCUGGAAGGUUUAAGUGUAAGAAUUACAUGAAAGCAAUUCAUUUGGCUUAAGACUAGUUAAAAAGAGAGAUGUUAUUCAAAAUGUGCAUUUAUUAUUAAAUUUAAAGUUUUGGACUUAACAAGGGUGAUAGUGGCAACUAGAAAGUUGUUGAGAAUAUUGGGAAAUAUAUAUUUAUUGUUUUUUCUUUUUUUUUCACUGAAAUCCGGUUCAUGCUUCCUUUCAAAAAUGAAAAUAUGAAAGAUAUAUGCGAUGUUUUUGUAUAGACAAUUGUUAUAAAAUUCCACUGAAUAAUAAGUUUGUGAAUAAUUAGCUGUGAAUGUUUUAAAUUAGUCAAUAUAUUUAAAUCUUAUACAAGAAAAUGUAAGAGAGAACAAUAAUUCAAGGUCUAUAAGGUGAAAAAGUUCACAAGUUUUCAAUCACAAGUCAAGUUCCUGAACUAGUCAGUCUAUGACUGCAUUCCCAUAGAUUUAGAUUGAUCCAUCUAGAUCGUCCUAACUCCCUGGGGCUUCAUGCUAA